AGCCAUCAGGAAGUGAUCAGAGACAGUAGAGCGAUCCACUGAGGAAUGGUUCAAGGUGGUGCUUGUCUUCUUGAUUCGGAGAUGCUGCACUCGCGAAGGUGUGCAGCUAAAGGUGUUGAGGCAUCGAUUUGCAUUGAGUCAGACUUUCGCUUUCAUCAAUAAGAACACCUCCACGCUAAUUUUUUACUGGUUUAAGGGAAGGUUUCUGACUCACGACUUUCUCUUAUAUGAUAAAUCGCAAUCCUGCCCUUUUUUUGGUGAAAGUUUAGAGUCGUUCGCCCACCCCUUCUCCCUGUGGUAGAAGUUCAAGUUAGCAACCGGGACCCCAACGGCCUCGCUGUGCAGAUGCUAUGUUGUACAGGCUAAUUGUGCGGAACAUGUUCUGUGGGAGUUAAGUAACUAGUAUUGUCUUAAGAUACUUGUACAGCUAGGUCCAGAUGGCUAGUAGUUUCCUCGUCCUUCUCUCCAGACUCACGGAAGCAUCGCAGAAGAUUAGUUUACGAAUACUAAUGUUAGAGAAUAAAGUUUGAAGGUUGUUCUUUGUAGUUCCUGGCUAUACGUAGCUAGAUUCUACGUUCUAAGAAGCACUAACUUGAUGUGCUUGUAGUUCGCAUAGUCCCAGAAUCAAUCAUGAGGCCAUCAGCCGCUGCACGUCUUGCUGGAAGACUUUCCAGAGGCUGGACCACUCAUCCACGGCUAAUACAACAAGGGACCACACGUCGCUUUGCGUCGGAGCAAAAUGUGGACAAGCAAGCUGCUCCUUCUGCAGUAAGCACUAGCACUCGCCUGCUUGCUAGAAGAAUCGGACACGAGGUCCCUGGUGCGUGGACGAACCGACGGUUAGUGAGCGCAUCUUCAAGCAAUCGUGGUUUCUCAGGAUCUGGACAGGGAAGCAGCAAGAAUGUCACAGUCACGGAUUCUACAGUAGCUGCCUCUCUUGGUACCAAAACUACAGAUACCGCAACUUCUGGUGUUGUACCACCACCGGCUCCAGCACCAGUACAACCACUGCCAGCACCAGCUGUUGACAUAGUGACCUCCAGCACUUCCUCAGGUUCAACACCGAGUCGUUGGUCACGACUUUUAGGAAGAAUCUCUCCAUUCAGACGUGGAGGGGGUGAGAAGAGCAAAGCUUCCGAGUUGCAGGCAGGAGCUAGUCUUAGUGGAAAUGCUGCUAAUGCUGGUUCUUCAAACACCUCAGCAUCAGCUGUGGCAGCAGGAUCAGAGACGACUGCAAGUGCUAGUGCCUCAGCAGGAACAGCAGCUGCAGCUGGUGCAUUACAGCCACAACAGCAAGUAAAAGUCCUUCUAGAGCAACCACCCGCACCAACACGGACUCUGCUGUCUAUCGUUCGCGAUGUAUUGGUUUUUACACUGAUUCUUGGAUGCGUUUUCAAGCUCGUCGGCUACUAUCUCGAGACGCAGAGGCUGCUGGCAUUGGAAAAUUAUGAUGAGGUGGACACAGACCUCCUUGACAUUGACAUUCAAUGUUGUUGUUGAUCAAAAGAAUAGUUGGAUGCAUGAUAACGAUACCCGAACCAGAAUAGAAUUACAUUGGAUCAUCUCGCUGCUCAACAUGCGCGUAGAAGUUGUAUCUAUAGAUUUAUAAUUGAGUUGUCUUGUUUCUUUCAGUCCACCUCUGCGUACCACGUACCUUCUAUUUCUAGUCGUAAUCCACUCAGCAUCUGCUCUAAUCCACACGUCGACUGGAGAAACUUCGAAAGAAAUUUUUGAAAACCGUAAUCGGCAGCAGUCCUGAGUACCCAAUCGACCUCAACGCUGUAGAGCGUGCGGAGGAGCUCGUAGCUUUCACCUGGUUGCCUGGUGAUGCUUUUAACGCUGCUUCUAAUUUCUUUGUUAAGGCUGAUGAUAAUUCUAACGCAUGGGCAUAUCUUCCACAAUCCACAGAUUAUCAUCUCUUCAAAGGUGGUUCCUAACAGGUAACCCCAAGAAGGUUCCCAAGAGGAACCCCGAGAAGGAGAAGAUAAACUCAGAAUAUGCAAUAUUGCUAGCACUAAUUUUGGUCCAGGAGGUAAUGGCGCAGCAUCAUCUUCAACAUCUGUAGGGGGUGUGGUAGCUCAGAACGCACCUGGAAGUUCUAGUUCUGGUACUGCAGGAAUAGCGCAAUCCGCUGGAUCUAUGGAUCUAUCUUCCAUCUUACGCCUUUUCACUGUCGCUGGAGUCAGUGCAGUGGAGGUGGUUGUGCAUGUACCCGAAAAAAAGGCCGCUUCAGCAACAAGUGCUGGCUCAGCUACUACAACUUCUGCGAUGCCAAGUUUUGGAGAAGCAGGCCAACUAGCUUUGACAGGACCGAAUUGCCGGAUUCUAUGUCCAGGAUGCAAUUGUAACCAGGUGCUAACAUUCUCAAGGCCUGGCCAGGAAAACGGGAAUGGUGUUGUUGGUGGAGAACAAGAUGGUAGAGGGGAACAUGGAACACGACGUAGUGAAGAUUCUACAUCAUCCUCUAGUGAUAAAGCAGCUGCGAGUGGGGUUUCUAUUUCAUCUUCUGCGGAUGAAGCAUGUUGUAGUCCGUCUACUUCUAGCUCAGCUUCAAAUGCUGCAAGCAGUGGGGUUGAAUCACCACCUUCGCAAGGAAGCUCUACUUCUAGCAGCAUUUCUUCUUUUUCAUCUUCUUCCAGUACAACACCACAAUCAGUAUCUUCGUUGUCUACAGCUACAACAACGUCCAAGCUAAGUGUAGCGAGCUUGACUGGCACGACAGUUACAUGCGACAUUUGUAGUGCCGUUCAGGGUUCAAGGCCAACUCUUCGCUGCAACUCCUGCGACGUGGAUGUCUGUGCCAACUGCACUCGAGAAGCUGUCAGAAGAGCACGAGCGGUUUACAAGGACUUAGCCGCUGGCACGCCGGUGAAAAUUUUGCCCCCACCACCACCUAGAAAGAGGAGGACGACUUCGGUGUCUGUUCUGAUACCUGAAACUAGUAGCGAGAAGGAGACGAUGAAGACCACGCUGGAAAAGGAAGAUGCCAUCAACAUAGUAGGACCACAACCAGGCGUCGGAGGUGCAUCUUCAACAGGUGAACAAGAGCUUUUACCGGAUGUGGCUGACACAGCUCCUCUACUUCAAGAAAUAGCAGAGAAGGAAGCAUCGGUUACUACGCUUGAGAACAGACUCUCAAGCAUACGAAACAGCCUAAAUCACAUGAGAAGUCAGCUGUUUUCCAAUAGCGCUGGAGAAGAUCAGGAUGCAUCGAGUGGCACCGCAUUGAAAGACGGUGAAAAGAUGAAGGAGGUGGUAUCUGAGGCUGGGGCAACAGCAACACCCUCGGGGGACGCAAUCAGUGGAAGGACAGCAUCGGUCGUAACAGGGACAUCUUCAAACACUUCUUCUGACGUAGUGAGAGCGGGAGGCUCAAGUUCCUCUAAAAGCAAUAGGUCCAAAGAUGUUGAACAAGAGACACCCAGUCAUCUAAGUACCGCGACCACAUACUCAUCUUCAGCAUCUUCAUCCUCAUCUAAACCUAGUAGUGCGCGGCCAUCUGCUUCGUUUAUUCCCACAGCUCCUGCACUCUCUGACAUUUUCCCUGACGAAAUCGUGACUGGGAUAGAAGCCGUUGGCGGUGCAGUGCGGAGUGUCAUGGAUAGUGCACAAAGAGUGGCCAGCGCAGGUAGCAGUCUUGUUUUUGGAGACAUGGGAACCGGGGAAAGUGAAGAUGGGAGCGGUCGUAUUCGUAGCUCGUCUAGUGCCAGUGGUGUCCCAUCGACAGGAGGUUCCAGCUUUCUCAUAGAUGUAGUUGAGCAAGAGCAGGACGACUACGCCAUCUUCGACGAAGACGCUGAGGACGCAGCUGCUGCUGCAGGAAAGAACGGGUUGAUUUCUAGAGCAGGAUUCGCGGGAGCACUGUUUGGAGCUGGAGCUGGAGGAGAUAGCAAAAAUGACGACUCUAGUGUGUCGUCAACUACUAAUCAUGGUUCGACAUUGGUAGAAGGGGAUCACGAAGGCAUCGCUAGCACCUCUUCGACUUCAGCCUCUUCGUCCUUCGCGGAUGACGACCCUUUCUUUGGAGGGGAGGAUGAGGAUGGCGGCGUUUUCGAAGAUGAAGAGGAGAAACAGGCAAAUAAAUCUCUGUUCUCCAUGCUUACCUCAAAUACUGGAGGACCAGAACAGCAGAAGUUUAAGGUGCAGAAAAACGUGGAAAACCGGUUUCACGACGUGAUAGGGCAGGAAAUCGCAGUCGAAAAAAUGCGAGAGUUCGUCGACAUUUUACGGCACCCGAACAAGUACGAACAAGUGGGUGCAAAGGUUCCUAAAGGCGGCUUGCUUCUUGGUCCACCGGGAACGGGUAAGACGCUUCUAGCCUCAGCCGUAGCAGGCGAAUGCGGUCUGCCGUUCAUUUCGUGCCAAGCCAGUGAAUUCGUCCAAAUGUACGUUGGGGUGGGUGCUAAGAACGUGCGACAACUCUUCGCCACUGCGAGGAGGGAAGCGGAAAAAGCUGGAGGCUGUAUCAUAUUCAUCGACGAAAUCGACUCGAUUGGUCGGGACAGAUCUCGUCAAUUCACCAACGGAGAUACGGAGACUGGGAAUACGCUCAACCAGCUCUUGACAGAGAUGGACGGCUUUCAUUCGAAGGUACUUACCUUGUGCUUCUUGUACUUCGCUGUAAUAUGUCUAUGAUCUUGAUCGCUAUCCUUCUUUUUAGAAAUCUACUUCCCUGUCUGUACCCAAACCUCCACGCAACCAACCUAGGGCGAAAACAUCGUGAUUCUCGCUGCCACGAAUCGCGCUGGCACUCUAGAUCCAGCAUUGAUGCGGCCAGGUAGGCUGGAUCGUACGAUUCCUAUGCAGGCACCCAACACCCAGGAAAGAGGAAAACUCUUUUCUCACUAUCUGAAGAAAUUUGCAUGGCGGGAAGGUGACCUCAUAGCAGCUUCUUCAGCAAACUGGGCAACAGGCAGAGACCCGGAAGAGAAGGUGAAGAAUAGUAGUGGAGAAGGUCGUGGUCAUGGCGCAACCUCCACAACUACCGGCACCGGGACACGAAGUGCUUCUAGCAGUGGCACGGUGGACGAAAAGAAAAUUGAAGUUCCGACUCCGAAUACAUCGUCAAGAAGCACAACUACUUCUAGUCCUCUCGCAACCGCAUCUUCAUCCCCUUCCUCAUCCUCUAGUUCGGGAACUCCUGUCCAGUUGAGAAAGGGAACACAGGUCACUCUCACUCUUCCCAACAUGAAGACAGAAUCAAUGAAGGAAAAUCUGGACAACUUGGUUGGAACCGUGGUCGGAAAAAAACGAGAGUUGCAGGUCUGGAGGAGGAGGACAUCAAAAGCAGAGGACAGUGCGAAUACUUCUCCUAGUAGUUCUUCUCCGAGUAGUAGUUUCAAAAAAUCUUCUCCUACAACUAGUAGUAACAUAUCAACAGAAGACAUAAGUCGUGCUGCCUCCCCUAGUACUAGUAGUUCUUUUACAACUAGUUGUACCACUGACAGCAGCACGACGAGGACCACGAGUGUCAACUCCGACAAGUAUGCUGAGUCUUUAAGUCCGAGGAUGACUUCGCCUUCUGAAGACAGUCUCGUGUUGGGAAAUCAAAAGUUGGAUCACAUCAAUCCCAACUUCACAUGUACUACAUCUGGAGGAUCCUCACCUUCAUCCUCGGGCCCGUCUUCCUCACCUUCGGCUUCGUCCUCGGGUCCGUCUUCCUCUUCCGCGGGAGGACCGUCACCCUCGUCCUCACCAUCAAAGUCUUCCGCAUCCCGUCCAGCGGGGGGUAAUAUCGUCCAGCUGCGGGACCGUUUCGUGAUCAAGAUUGGCAGCAAGUACUACAUUGUGAACCAGGAGGAUGUUAGACCGGUGCCCCAAGGCUACGUUGAAAAGAUGGCAGAACGAGCUGCAAGAUUGACCACUGGCUUCACUGGCGCAACGAUAUCCAGCAUCUGCAACGAAGCAGGGAUCCUGAGUGUUAGAGAGAAACUUCUGCCAGGAGGAACACGUGGUGGAAAAGAAAGAACACGCGUUUCAUUGAGCAAGGAGGGAGAAGCAGUUGUUCUUCCUGCGACCACAGCUUCAAGUUCAAGUGCAUCUUCGACUGCGAUAUCUUCAAAAACCAAUGCAGCUGACGCAGCCUCGAGCACCAGCUCUUCUUCGAAGCAACCUGCUGCACCUGAAGGUACUAGUACAAGUACGAAGAAAGACCCUCCAGGAGCUGGAGGCUCAUCGACGUUCAGUGAAAUGCUCUUCGGACCCUCCACUUCCUCUGGAGCAUCCUCCGCAAGCACACCAUCAACUACAUCGCCAGACUCCUUCCCCUCUAGCUCUCCUGUCUCUACCACAGCCUCUAGUACCACAGCCUCUUCUACCUCCAGCGCCACUAGCACAGCAACUCCUAGCACAUCAUCAAGAGACACCUCCAGCAUGAAAAAGACAUUUCCUACGAUCACUGAGAAGCACUUGCGGAAAGCGAUGGACAUCGUCGCCGCUGGCAACGGGAAAUCGAACUUCAGGAUCUCGGAGAGUGAAAAAAGUGCCACAGCAUUUCACGAAGCGGGGCAUACUGCUGUUAAGGCCAACUCUGUAACUUUAAAGUCCUAUCCUCUUCCUCAACUUCAAAGUCCUAUCCUCAUGAUCCUUGAUGACCUCUUUUAUUUUCAAGAGCGACAACAACUACAGCAGUAGGUAUACUAUAAAAUAGCUACAACUACAGCAGUAGGUACCUACUAUACUAGGAUUAGGGUUAGCAGCUAGUUGUACAUUAACACGUAUGUAUUUUUUCACAUGGGCGGGAACGAAAAAUUAGUGUCCACCAAGGAUCAUCAUCUGGUUUUCAAGGAAGAGGGUGCGACGCACAAGCUCUAAUUCUGUGAGUUUUUUCCUAGACAAGUGUCCAGAUCCGGUUAAAGUCACAGUGCUACCAACCGAUACUGGAGCACUGGGACAUAUGAUGCCAGGAGAACCAUUGUCCGAGGUACUACAACUAUUUUUUUUCCAGACUACUUCGCUUCGUGGUAGAAGUUUCCAAAUCUAAUCAUCUGAACAAGGUCCUCCUCCGUCAGAAUCGUUCUUGCCGUUCUUGUGAGUUCCAAAUUAUCAUGAUAUUAGAUGUGAAAAUUUCAGAUCUCUCAACGACCUGCUCAAGGUCCGACAGAGUCGUGGUGAGUUCCGAAUCGUCAUGAUGUGAAAAAGAAGACGAAAACUUCAAGUUCAAAUCACCUCAGGUCCGUCAAAGUCGUGGUGAGUUAGAAGCGCAGAUUUGUGUGGCAUUAGGGGGUCGUGCUGCAGAGGAGCUUUUUACGAGUGAUAUAGCAACUGGCGCCUCCAGCGACUUGGAACGGGUGACCCAGAUCGCUAGGGAAUACGUCCACUCCUACGGUUUUGGGGAGCAUCUCAUUAGCUUCUCUUUUAUGGUGACCACUGCAGCAAUAGGCCUAGAAAUAUGUAGAUAAACUGAGUACUUCAAUUCUCGAAAGAGGAAACAUCUGAAACGAAAACAUUCUCUACUAGUACUAGAGACCAUACUCAACACUGAGCCUGAAGUUAUUGAAAACUACUUUGUUUCUCUAUGUAAAAAUAUAUGUACUAGUACGUCGCAGUUGCAGUUUGAUUCAUCGAUCUUACUUAGUUAUAGAAAUCCCACGAACCCCACCUCCCUCACUUUCAUUCUCUCCGUCUCGCAAGGAGCAAGAGGUGGCGAUUGGUCCGAACAAACUAGGCAGAGUCUGGACAAGGAGGUGAUGUCGCUGGUGUCUGACUGCUACGAGAGAACUAAAAGCUUGCUAUCUUCCAGAGAACCAGAGGUGCGGGCGUUGGUUACGGAAUUAGUCAAAGAGGAGACCCUGUAUGCAGAAGAUAUCAAGCGGAUAUUGGGACACGAAGGAGCCGGACAACGACAAGGACAGUGCUGA